AUGGAGACUGAGAACCUUCACUGCUCGCGAGCGUCAGAUCUGGUGGCAAGUGUCGAAAAGACUGCAGCCAGGUGCGCUAGUAUGUUUAAUCGUGCGAGGAAAAUCGGUCAUCUUCUGUACGGUCACGGAGCUCCGACCAAGACAGAAGACAGCGAGAAAAAAAAAGAAGCGACGGACCAACUUCUGUGGAAUGACAACGAAAAGACCUCAGUGUUGCUUCAUCUCGUCGAGCAGCGGUCUAAUAUCAUACAAUCAAUCCUCCAUCAAUACAGUCGAAAGGCUCUACCAAUGUCGUUGGUCAGAUUCCCUGGUGUGCUUCUUCCUGGAUUUGAGCCAACCCUUCGCGCGCUGCAGAGCAUCAGUGAAUCUCAGAACUUGCCCUUCCCAGACCUGCUUCUUCCCGCGGACAGUUCCACAGGCGGCAAAAGAUCAAUUCCUCCACCAGCAUAUGCCCUGAAGCGUGGGAAAGAUUUUCAUAUCCGCGCUGGCCAACCCGUUGACGUAGAAUAUCUGCACGAAAAUUCUUCCCUAGACGGAGCACAAGCGGAAGCCUUGGUCCAUAGCCUUCAGCACACGAUCGGUAUCAUUCAAGGCCCCCCGGGCACUGGCAAGAGCUAUACGGGCGUGGCCCUCAUAAAAGCCUUGCUGGCAAAUAGGGUGCAGGGAAAGACACGUCUGGGGCCUAUCAUAUGUGUCACAUACACAAACCAUGCACUGGACCAGUUGUUGGAAGCGCUUAUUGACAAAGGGGUCACGUCGCAGAUCGUCCGCAUUGGAUCACGUUCCAAGUCAGAACGCCUACAGCAGUUCAACAUCCGGAAAGUCGCUCAGAACAUCGAUAGAACGAGAUUGGAGAAGUCUAGUCAGUGGUCUCUGUACGGUGAACUCAAGAAGUACACGAAAGAUUUCGAUGCCCUUGGGCUGAGAGAAACCACCACCGCCACUCGACUGCGGGCCUAUCUCCGCGAAAAUUAUUCUCAACACUAUUCGGCAUUGUUCGGCGAGGAUGACGAUGGAUACCAGAUUGUCACCAAUCAGGAUCCUCAGGUAGAGAUCAACAAAUGGCUCCAAGACGGCGCAUACGACAGUCCGGUGCUCACUGCGUCACAUGCCGAAACAAAAUCCGAAUUUGACGAUAUUCGAGACGAAGUGAAUCUGCGAUGUCUCAACGAAGCACACAUCAUUGGAUUGACCACUAGUGGACUUGCUCGGAACCUAAGCAUGUUGCGCAAUCUCCAAUCGAAAAUCGUUCUCUGUGAGGAGGCUGGAGAAGUUCUUGAGGCACACCUUCUAACCGCAUUGUUGCCUUCGGUGGAACAUACAAUUCUAAUCGGGGACCAUCUGCAACUUCGACCUCAGAUACACAAUCAUGAGUUAUCUCGAGAGAAUCCUCUGGGCGGCGAAAAAUACUCACUGGAUGUUUCUUUGUUUGAGCGUCUGGUGGAUUCUGAGAGUGCCAUGGGCUCAAACCUCCCUUUCUAUACUUUGGAGACUCAGCGACGCAUGCACUCAUCAAUCGUCCAGCUCGUGCGAGAUACACUUUACCCCCGAUUGUCAGAUGAUCCCUCGGUGGCAGACUACCCCGACGUUGUUGGAAUGCGGAGAAGGCUCUUUUGGCUUGACCACAGAGUCCCUGAAGGUGGUUCCGGUAUUCAUGAUGCUAUGGCGACUACACACUGGAAUCAACAUGAGAUCGAUAUGACCAUCGGAUUGGUGAGCCAUCUCGUGCGCCAAGGCAAAUACCACAGCAAUGAAAUCGCGGUUUUGACCCCAUACCUCGGCCAACUACACAGACUGCGACAAAUACUUGGUCGAUCAUUUGCAAUUUCCCUUGGAGAACAAGGUCAAGAAGAUCUAGAUAACGCGGGAGUUGAGGAUGAAACAGCCGCUGGUCCGAAAAUUAGAACAACCUUGCUGCGAACACUUCGAGUUGCCACUAUAGACAACUUUCAGGGCGAAGAGGCCAAGGUGGUGAUCAUCUCGUUGGUACGGAGCAAUCCACAGAAUUGUUGUGGUUUCUUGCGCACGCCGAUUCGAAUCAACGUUGCUUCUCUCUCGAGCUCAGCAUGGCAUGUAUAUUAUUGGAAACUCCGCCACUUCCGAGCAUGUGCCCAUGUGGGCAAAUGUCCUGGAGAUCCUGCGUCGGAACGAGAAUAUCGGCCCUGCGCUGGAAUUGCAAUGUCCCCGACACCCGGAUACACCGAUCUACGUUUCCGAGCCAGACGACUUUACUCGAGUUUCCCCGGAAGGAGGCUGUGA